AUGGCGGUCUGUCUGCUGCGAGCCGCUGGGCUUGGAGCCUCCCGUUCUCUCGCCUUUGUGGCGAGACAUCAGCACCCGUGCUCUGCGGCGGGCAGGGGAAAAGCUUGGUGCUCACGGGGCGGCCGCGGCGGCGGCAGCAGCGCCAGCGCCAGCAGGGAUAGCGCUCGGGCUUUGGGCACGGGGGUUCGCAUGGGGGCGGCUAUCAACAGAACCGCAAUAGCCAAAAUGCGCGUGGCGGAACUGAGGGAGGAGCUUGCAAGCAUGGGUCUCGACAACACCGGCUUACGACCUGUGCUGCAAGUUCGGCUGAUCGAAGCGAAGGAGACGGAGUGGGCGCAGGCCGUCAUCGAUCGAUCCCGUCAGCGGGAGCGCUCCAACACAACCGAGCCGCCGCGUGCCGCCGGGACGAACGCGCUGCCGAGGCCCGCGCGAUCGCAGGUCGCGACGAGCCAGGCGGCUCGGACGCCUUCCCCGCGACAACAACAACAUCAACAACAUCAACGCGGGAUCAGUACGAGUAGCACCAAGCCCGGACGGCAACGAUCAACCACGCACCUACUGCAGUUCGACGGAGGAUCGAGAGGAAACCCUGGGCCGAGCGGUUGCGGUGCCGUGUUGUAUAGGCUGGACGAAAGCGGGGAGCGGGAAGAGGUGUGGAGCAGCAGCGUGUGGAUUGGGGAGAACCGAACCAACAACGAGGCCGAAUACAAGGGUCUGAUUGAAGGGCUUAUCGCUGCGGAGAAGCUAGGAAUCAAGCGGCUGUCGGUGGAGGGAGACUCGAAUCUAGUUAUUCAACAGAUGCUUGGAAACUACAAGGUUACGAGCCCAAAGAUGCAACCUCUGUUUAGAGAAGCUACGACUAUAUCGAAAGCCUUUGACGCGCUGGAACUGGGGCACAUACUGCGAGCGCAUAACGAGCGGGCCGAUGACCUAGCGAACAUCGCCAUGGAUACCAAAAAAUCCAGCUCUUACACCCACCGGAGUUAUUCCACCGACUUCGCUGAACCAGAGGAGUAAGUUAGCGCUGAGCACUAGGAAAAGUUACAGUGUGGCACUAAGAAGGGUCAACACGGUUGUGAAAAUAAUGGAGCAGUGGCGACCACACGGGAGGAAAAUGAAAAAAGCGCUGCAACAGGCAGCAGGAGUGCAAGACGUUUAUGUGGCGCCUCGCGUGUUUCGCCAAAACAGCAUCCUUUUUGGACGAUUUUUUUUCUCGUUGUAGUUGUCCCCUUCACCUCAUUCUCUGGACACUUUUUCGUCCCUUUGUCUUGAGGAGUGUCAAAACAAAGCGGAGAGGAACAUCGCCAUUUGCGAAGAGUCGAGAGUUUGGGCCAGAAUCGCUUCUUGCCAAAUGUUGAAGUUAGCCGUCUUCCCGUCGAGGUACACCCUGUUGUGCAUACUGGACCGAUCGAGUCGCGACGUUGGGUGGCGGCACAUACAUUAUGAUGGGACAUCCGGCACGUAAACA